AUGGAGCUGCCAGCUGUCGGCGAGCACGUCUUCGCUGUGGAAAGCAUCGAGAAGAAGCGGAUCCGCAAGGGCAGAGUGGAGUAUCUGGUGAAAUGGAGAGGCUGGUCCCCUAAAUAUAACACGUGGGAACCCGAGGAGAACAUCUUGGAUCCCCGGCUGCUGAUCGCCUUCCAGAACAGGGAAAGACAAGAGCAGUUGAUGGGAUAUCGGAAGAGAGGCCCGAAGCCUAAACCCCUGGUGGUGCAGGUACCUACCUUUGCCCGGCGCUCCAACGUGCUGAGCGGACUCCAGGACUCCUCUGCUGACAACCGAGCCAAGCUGGAGCUGGGAGCCCAGGGUAAGGGCCAGUCGCAUCAGUACGAACUCAACAGUAAGAAGCAUCAUCAGUAUCAGCCGCACAGCAAGGAGCGGGCGGGCAAACCCCCGCCACCCGGCAAGAGCGGCAAGUACUACUACCAGCUUAACAGCAAGAAGCAUCACCCCUACCAACCGGACCCCAAGAUGUAUGACCUGCAGUACCAGGGCGGCCACAAGGAGGCGCCUAGUCCCACCUGUCCAGACCUGGGCGCCAAGAGCCACCCACCGGACAAGUGGGCCCAUGGCGCAGGGGCCAAGGGCUACCUGGGAGCGGUGAAGCCCUUGGGCGGGGCGGCCGGACCACCAGGCAAGGGCUCUGAGAAGGGCCCUCCUAACGGUAUGACGCCCACCCCCAAGGAGGCAGUAACGGGCAACGGGAUUGGAGGCAAAAUGAAGAUUGUCAAAAAUAAAAAUAAGAAUGGCCGCAUUGUCAUUGUUAUGAGCAAGUACAUGGAGAAUGGCAUGCAAGCAGUGAAGAUCAAGUCCGGAGAGGAGGGCGAGGCGCGGUCCCCCAGCCACAAGAAGCGUCCAGCAGCGGAGGACCGUGAUCCCCCAGCCGACAGGACUUUUAAAAAGGCGGUGGGCGCUGAAGAGAAGAAGUCGGAAGUGCCUGCCAAGAGGAGUGAGGAGGAGGUGCCUGGAGCGGGUGACCCUCAGCCCCAGGACACCAGUUCCCGAAAGCUUUCUCUGGCCAAGGAGGCCUUCAGCGAGCAACCUCUUCAGCUCACCACCAAGCCUGACCUACUGGCCUGGGACCCAGCUCGGAGCUCUCACCCGCCCCCGCACCACCACCACCACCACCACCAUCACCACCACCACCACGCAGUCGGCCUCAACCUUUCCCACUCGCGCAAGCGCUGCCUCUCGGAGACCCACGGCGAGCGGGAGCCCUGCAAGAAGCGCUUGACUGCGCGCAGCAUUAGCACCCCCACCUGCCUAGGGGGUAGUCCAGCCACUGAGCGCCCAGCCGAUGGCCCUCCUGCCGCUGCUGCCUCCGCUGCCCACCCUCCGCAGCCAGAGGUCAUUCUGCUGGACUCGGACCUGGAUGAGCCCAUAGACUUGCGGUGCGUCAAGACGCGCUGUGAGGCAGGGGAACCACCCAGCUCCCGACAGGUGAAGCCAGAGGCUCUCUCAGCCGCGGUGCCCGUAUCUGCCGUACCAGUGACAUCGGCCGAGAAGCCUCCAGCCGAGGCUCAGGACGAGCCCGAGGACUCUCUGGCUGACUUCAAGCCCUUCUUUGGGAAUAUAAUUAUCACCGACGUGACUGCGAACUGCCUCACCGUCACGUUCAAGGAGUACGUGACCGUGUAG